UAUUAUCUUUAUAUUUUUAUAAAACUCUUACAUGUUUCUCUGACCGUAUCUAGAUGAGAAGUUCUUACUUUUUCUAACGAGAAUACAAUCAUCUGCUUUUUAAACAUUUAAAAUAAUUCUAAUAUUCGAAAUCUGUAAUCAUGUGUCAAGUGUUGCCUGCCAUUACAUUUAUAUUCAAACUCCAACAAGAUGAGAUGAUAUGGAAUGAAAUAUAAUCUUAGUAAAAUGGUGGUCAAUUACUGAGAUUUUUUUCAGUGGGCUUUUUGGAGGAUCCCGAUAAGCUACGUUCAGCAGCCUUGUUUCAAUUUCCCACAUUUGUGCACUUUCACAGAUAUUAAACAGUUAAAAACUACCGUUAUUACACAUUAAAACCUGAACAAACACUAAAUAGACAAUAUAAAACAAAUCACACACUUCACUCCUCGCGUUCCCGCCAAAAAGUCUUUUUUUUUUCGGUUAGUCAUAUGUAGGUACACACGUUUUGUGUCACAGUGGUAGUGUAUUACCUAAAUGUAUUUUCUAUGGUGCUAGUGUGAAGUCGAUUGCAUUUUUAAGGGCUUUUGCACAGAAACGCGAGUUGCGAAUUUGCGCGAUUUUUUAAUUUUGUUUAUUUAUUACUUCUUUAUAGUUAAAUGUGUAAUAACUAUUUAGCAUCUGUGAAAGUUAAAAAAAGCCACUAGAAGUUUCUAGGGUUCUUCCCAAGUGCCCACUGAAAAAGUUUCACUAAAAUAAUCACUAUUUUAUUUCCAUCACAUUUCAUUUCACUUCAUUCAUUUUCAUUCGAUGAAAGUCGAUUAAAGUCUUGAAUAAAUGCACUCAAUAUGUAUGCGCCGUACACCAUUUUUCAUACUUCAACAGAAUGUAAGAUGAAAAUAUGAGAUUUAGCUUAAAGUUACGGUUACCAGAUCAUAAAAACUAAAAAAAAAACGCUUUUAAAAAUCGCAUGCAAUCACAAAACGCAGAGGCUAUUGACAUUUUUCCGCUGUCAUUACAGUCAUCAGUCAUUAAACUUCGCGUAACGUUGGUUUGUUGGGGUCGCUUUAUAUCUUUUGUUUGUUUACCAAAUAUCUAAAUUACAAUGAGUGAUGCGAAGUUGAAUUCGAGUUUUUAGUGAAUAUUUCAAUGAAAAUGGGCACGAAAAACAACGGGCCGCUUAUAGAUCCAGCGUUGUGUAGAUUGUGUCGUGCCAUAAAAAAAUGCAGAAUUCUAACAGUAGAGUACACUUGGAUGGAUCAAAAAGAAGUCUACGCCGAUAUGGUGAUGGACUGCUUUGGCAUUCUGUUGUCCCACGUAGAUGACACAGAGAAAGAUUCAGGCGUCUGUGCUACAUGUGUGGUGAGACUGAGAGAUGCCUGCGCUUUCAGGCAGCAAGUACUCCAGUGCGAGGACCUGUUCCUUAGCUCAAAACUACACGAUAAGGACACUGAUGAUCAAAAAGCUGAGAAGGCAGCUCUGGACAUAGAACUGAAAAUGGAACCGAAAGAUGAUGAAGACCACCAUUCUAUAGGAGCUGUGGACCACGACGAUGGAAUGUCCGUCGAUUACUCGGCUGAUGACUUGCCUGAAGAUCCUAAAACAGAAACGAAACCACCGAAAGAAGAGAAACUGAAUCCCGAAAACGUGCAGCUCCCAGAGAAACCAUCGAAGCUUCUAGAAGACGAUGGCGGCGGAGGGACGGACUGGACCAAUUCGUCGUCCGACUCAGACAAGCCGAUCAAGAGGAAGGUCAAGGCCGGCAGGAAAAAGAAGAACGGCGUUCAGAAGAAGGAAGGAAAAACGAAAUUAGGGAAGAGGAAAAGUGGGACGGCCCAAUCGAAAAAGAGCCGCGCCCUGAAGCCGCAGAUCGAAAAAAAAAACAAUCACGAUCGGGACUUGGACUGCAUGGCCGAGGAGAACUUAAUGACAAUCGUCCAAUAUUCGUACGUUUGCCCGUUCAAGAACAGACGCAACAACUAUUACUGCUUCUACUGCAAGGACUACUACCCGAAGCCCGAGGAUCUGAGGUCGCACACGCUCCAGCACGACACGAAGCCGUUCCAAUUGCUGAUGGGCUACAAGAAGAUGCCCAAGCUGGACAUAACGCGCAUCGAUUGCAAACUGUGCCCGAUGAAGAUCGACGAUCUGAACGUUUUCAAAGCCCACGUCGAUCAGAUACACGGGAAGAAGAUCUACUUCGAAGCGCCCGACAAGCUUCUUCUGUACCGCCUGACUUGGAACGACCUGGUCUGCGUCAUGUGCAGCGACGUCUUCGAAGACUUCAACACGCUGAACACUCACAUGGUGGAGCACUUCAGCAAUUACACGUGCGACGUUUGCGGCGUGUGCUUUUUGGAGAAGACCAGGCUUGAUGCCCAUCUGAAGAGGCACAAGGAUGACGAGAAGCACACCUGCGAGAUAUGCGGGAAAGUGUUCAAGUCGAAUCACUACAAAGAUAUGCACGUUGAUAUCGUGCAUAAGAAGAAAGCGAUUAUCCGCUGCCCGCGCUGCGAUGAGUGCUUCAUGUCUUACGCUCUGAAGAACAAACACCUGACUGAGGCCCACGGACAGAAGCGAACGUAUCCCUGCAAUCUGUGCGACAAAGUGUACAACCGUCAGAAAACACUGACCGAGCAUCAGAGGAGGAAUCAUCAGAAAGUCCUGAAGCACCAGUGCGAGUAUUGCGACCAGAGGUUUUAUUUACCGUCGCGUCUAAAGGAACACAUGGCUACACACACGGGAGAGAGGAAUUUCCGCUGUGAAUACUGCGAAAAGAGCUACCCGAGGUUAAAGUCGCUGCAGUAUCACAUAAGGACGCACACAAACGACCGUCGGUACCGGUGCCACGUGUGCGGUCAGGCCUUUAUACAGAACGCGAGUCUGAAGUCGCACAUAAAGAGUCACCACCCUGAAUGCGAUAUAGAGGGAUGCUAUUUUUAAUACGCUUUCAUUAGCUUCAGAGGUAUGUAUGUUUGUAACGGAAUCUUUGAUCGUGAUUUUGACCCCCCUUCAAAACGUCGGUUUAACGUCGCAAAAAUGAACAAUAAUAAUAAUAGUUUAAAAAAAACUAACAAAAUACGCUUUUAAAGAAAAUCCAACUAAAAAAUAGAAAAUAAUUUAUUGUAAAAAAGCUUGGGGUGCUUUUCAAGAUAUUAUCAAAAUGACCCUUCUACUCAUAUAUGUUCAUAAAAUAUUUAUAACUACUUUUACCAUGUACCUCACGCAUUUUUUUACAAUAAAAUCAUUUUUUCUUACAGUAUUUUUAAUUCAAAUUUAUUAAAAUUUAUUUUCUAUUUUUCUGUUGGAUUUUCUAUAAAAGCGUAUUUUGUUCGUUUUUUUAAACUAUUAUUUAUUAACACCUUAGACGCUUAUAGAGCCACCGGUGGGCCUAGCGUGCCACACCAUUCGGGCAUAGCCAAAAUAAGGGAAUCAGUGAUAUUUAUCAGCUCGAGAUUUACAUUCUUUAAUUUACGAAAAUUUGCACGUUUUAUAAAUAAAAUUAAGGGCUUUUUUAUCAUCUAAUUUAGGUAUUUUAAAAGGCUCACGGGUGACCCACGUGGCCUGAAUGGUUCGGUAUGAUAAGGCUUACCGGUUAGCCUAGUGGCCUGAAUGAAAAUACUCGAUUUUUCAUUUGGCGUGUUUCAGAGGCUUUUUUUUUUCACGACCCUAUUUGAUUUAUAAGGUUUCUCGAUUAAGCGAUGAAUUAAGGCAUAUUCAGAGGUCGAUAGAGGUCGAUUCGGAUCUCAGUAUGGUACGUAAGGAACAAGGGAUUGACGGGAAAAUUACUUACAAAAAAACUGUGCGCGGGAAUGAAGUGAAACUUCUUUUUCGAUGUGUAAGUAUUGUGGUUUUCUUCAUUUUUCAUCCUUAAAUCAAAUUGCUCUUAUAAUAGGAAAUGCUGUGUAUAAGAGAUGCGACAUCUUCAACAUUUAUAUUAUAUAUAUUUUAAAUAAUUGAUAGAAAAAUAAAUAAAUAUUCUUUUUUAAAUACUUCAUUAAAAUAUUGGACGCUACCCGUUGCUGACGCUCGCGCUGUCCUGUAUCCUGUAUACUACGCGCAUGCGUGCGAGUGCCACGCAUUCACUCUCUCCCCAGGAGCGUUAAACGUUUAACGCAACCUUGUUGGAAGUCGCAUUAGAAGUUUCACUUCAAAAUUUGCUAACGUAUUCGUUAUAACGUUGUGAUUUCUCGCAAUUGAUAAAUAUAGCGCCGAAAGAAGACCCAUCGUUCGAUAUUAAAUCGGUGCGGUAGUAAAGUAUUGCCGAUAUAGUAAAAGCUCUUUAUUCAUGGGGUAGGUACAUGUUCCGUAAUUAAGGAGCGAAUAUAUAAACACUUGAAUGGUCAUUUUAAUCAUUUUUUUUUUUCAAAAAUGAACCGUAUGCGUUGAGUAAUAAGUUUGAUUUCAUUCUGUUUGCUGACAUUCUCAAAAACGCCCACCGAUGGCGAAGGGGGUUGGCGUCAAAUGCAGAACCAAUAUAGCGGCGAUAAUCAUUUAAAAACAUACUUUAGUCACAAGUUGUAAUAAGAUCUAUUUUACUUUUUUAUUAGUACAUUUGACAACGCGUUCACAAAAGAUAUUCGGUUGAAUACGUUAAUAUUGUAAUCCUUUUUAUCAAUUUGUAUGUACCGAUUAGUUAGCGAAUAAAUAAUUCUUUAGCCGCGAACAUGGGAAUCGGGUCGUAUUUUUUUUUAAUCUGCGAAAUAGUGAAAACGCGUAUGAAGGAAGCGCGAAUGAAGAGUUUUUACUGUAUUUUUUUUUGUUAUUGCCCUUGAAGCAACGGGUCCAACCUGAUGGUGAGUGGUUACCGUCGCCCAUGGACCUCAGCAAUGCCAGGGGCAGAGCCAAGCCGCUGCCUACCGCUUAAUACUCUCCACAAGCCUCGUUUGAAGAAGGACAUGUCAUACAUAGCGCUCGAGAAAUACCGUGGAGGGGAGCUCAUUCCAAAGCCGGAUGGCACGUGGCAAAAAGAUCUCUGGAAACGCAAUGUGUAUGAACGCAGUGGUUAUAGGUAGUAGAAUGAACUUUACUCUGGUGGCGAUGUUAAAUCGAUGAGAUCUUAAAUUCAAAUUCAAAUUCAAAAUGUUACCUUCUUUGUAAGAUUCGACACAGUAUUCUUUGCGUUUUCAAAUUAAUGGAAAUAAUAGAUUAUAAUUUUAUGUAUUCAUUAAUGAGAUUAUCGUAUCCAUAAUAAUUAUUGUUUUUCGUUAUAACGCAGUUCGACCAUGCUUUUUUUAUUCGUUUCAAUAAGUUUUAAAUGCUAUUCGUUGGUAUGCAAGAGCAAGGUUUGAGAACGGCUGGACCGAUUUUAUAUAUCGAGAGGUGAGAGGCUAUUUGGUAUAAGCGACAUUUUGUUUAAUUACUGUUACGUAGGUAAGAGUAACGCCAUCUAUCGCCGAAAAAAUCUAAUAAAAAAAAAGACAUGCCCGCUGAGUUUCUUGCCAGUUCUUCUCAGGACGGAGGCUAGUUUUUGUUCAUUGGCGAUAGUUUCUUUUUGACGCUCAACAAGUAUGUAUGUACUUUCAUUUAUGUUGAAUAACAAAUUUUGAUUUGAUUUGAAUAGUCGAACGAAUAUCGAAGGAUCUAGUAGCAUCUAGAACGCUCGAGAAGUACAACGCCAUCUAUUGUCAGAUAGCAGAAACACAUAAUACUCUACUUUUGCGGAAUAUUCUCGAAGAUUCUAAGGAUUUCGUCUCGAACGUCGCGAACGGAUCACUUGAAGCGAAGCGAAUUGAGAAUUUUAAAGUGGUCUGUGUGUGUUCUAAGUAAUAAAUACAGUUUUAAGUUGUACUGCGGUGGAACAUUUGUUUAUCCCGAACCCCAGCUCCGUAACAAUGCGCCACAUUUAUCUUUGUAAUUAAAGGUCUGUUUUAUUUGGUAUAUCAGCAUCAACAGUUCGAAUUUUUUUGAUUGAACUUCUAUAAAAUUUACCCUAUGUAAAUAGCUGAAAAAGUUUUUUUUGUCAUGAUUUCUUCCUCCCCUGUAAGGUUGCAAAAAAGUCGCUUAAACCACAUAGACUUUCACUCGUCGAAUUUGAAUGUCAACAAGACGUCUUUUAAGAAUAGAUAAUAUAGGUAGGUACCUAUAGUAGAAUUAUUUUGUCCGUGCAGCUUGGGUCAUAAAAAUCGGAGCGGUGAAGUUAAUAUUUCACUCUCUCUUCCACUCACGAGCAUUAUGGACGGGCAUAGUGAUGCGCAUUAUUGUUGUCGAUAAGCGUUAUCGAUAGUGGUGUAUUUAGUAUUGUCAUUUUGUGGGUUAGUGAUAAAAAUGAAAGAAAAAAUCACUAAUCGAACACUUACACCACAUAUCGCCGCAGCAAGCUAACGAGAACGGCAGAAAUUAACACUUUGUAACUUUUCGGCAUCUAUUCUUAUUUCAGUGAAAAACUUUAACACAUUGUUGAUAACAACACGUGCAAAUAUUAUUUUGAAUAAAUUCAUUACUCUUCGACACAAUGUACCAUAAUUUGCAGGUAAGUACAAAUGACUCAUAACAUAACAAUGUCUCAUCACCCUUUGUGUACCACCCCGCCGCCAUGUACCUGCCUUCGAUGACUCAUUUGUUGUUAUCGAAAAUAGCGUUGCGCCCGCGCAACAUGCUUACCGCCCUAGCCGGGCUAUGUUUUAUGACCCAAACUGCACGGACAAAAUAAUUCUACUAUAGUGGCUUUCUUUUUUUAAGUCACGUUACGAUAGGUUGGAAAGCGUGUGUUCUUUUAUAGUUAACAUAGAAAUUAUUAUGCAUCGCAAUGAAAUUAUUAAUAAUAAUAAUAUUUUUUUCGACGUACAUACAUUUGUUCCUUUUUUUUAUAUUAUGACGUUUGUAUUUUGUGAUUUCCUGGAUGAAAACAGAUUAGGAUCUAAUCUCGCCUAUGUACAUUCUGUUUUGUAAUUUAAAGAACUGAUGUAAUUCUUAUAUUUAAUUUCUGUUCACAAUCAAUAAUAAAAUCGAUAAGUUUUCCGUUUGUGUUGAACCAUGGCAACGUUUAUAUCAUCAGCGUGCUUAGUGCGAGUUUUUUAACGUUCUCGAUUGGAACAGCGCCCCUAGCGGCAAACAUAGUCAAACGUUCCAACUCCAUACAAAUUUGAGUUAGCUUUUACGCUAUCGAGGACGUAAAAUUUUUUUUUAUCGUUUUUAAAUCUGCUAAGAUCUUUAAGUCAUGUCUUAUUUUAAUUUAUAUUCUUAAUUUUAUGAAAAAAGAUAAUAUGGACUAAAAUGAAAUGAAAUGGAGAUGAUUAAUUUGAGACAUUAAUCAACUGGGAUGAAAUGAAAUGAGAUGAGAUGAUAUAGGAUGAAAUAUAAUCUCAGUAAAAUGGUGGUCAUUUACUGAGAUUUUUUCAGUGGACUUUUUGGAGGAUCCCGAGAAGUUGCGUCCAGCGGCUUUGUUUCAUUUUACCACAUUUGUGCACUUACACAGAUAUUAAACAGUUAAUAAACCACCGUUAUUACACAUUUAAACCUGAAGAAACACCAAAUAAACAAAAUAAAACAAAUCACACAGCUUUACUCCUCGCGUUUCCGUCAAAAAGUCUGACGUUAAAAAACUCGCAUUAAACACACAGAUCUGGUUAAGAAAGUAUACCGUGCGGUCCAUGCCACCCACGAUCGAACACUGGAGAAAAGUCACAUGUGGUCGCGAUCCUCAGCAGUACAGCAGUCAACGAUGAAAAACAAUAGUGUACCAUACUUAUGGAGGGUAGAGGUAAGCAACAGUGAUUGUGUAUGAAAAAGCAUUCGUGGAGAAGCGACCAAUUAGGGGGCGCCACCUUAGCGAGUGGUGUAAUUUCAAAGAUGGCGCUAAAACUUUUGUUUAUAAAAUUGUUUAAAUCUGCAUACUUCACUCCUUUUACAACAGUUGCAUUCAUAUCACACUGCUUGUAGUGCUGCCCUAUUGUGGCAAGUUUCGAUUUUUUUUUCUCAAUUAGUUCGGUAAACAAUCUCACAGCCCCACUAUUGUUAAGUGGUCAUAAGAGCCCAUAAAUAUCAACAACGACGAUAUUUAAGGAUCCUACCGCACUAUACGACUCGCCUGCAUUCUUACAUCCGACGUCCGAUCUCGAUCGGGGGUCAGAAUCAGAUCAGGACCUCGCUGACCAGCCUGCCGAAUCGGAACGCGAUACACUGCCAACCAGGAUGCUCUCCCACAAUUUGUUCGACGACGAUAAUGCGGACCGCUUCGCAGGCCGCAGCCGCCGACGCGUCGUUCUAUCCUCUUGGUGCCAGCGCGCUAGAGUGACGGUAGCGUGCGGCGCAGCCUCAACCCCUUAGGUCGCCCCGUGACCGUUACCGGGAGGAGACUGCCUCCUCACAGGAGCCGGAGCUGGACGAACGCCCUCCUCCGACCCCCAGCCUAUGCGGCCACGGGACGGCGCCGAGAGGGGAGAAGAGCUCUCACUCUCCCGUACCGCUGCCUCCUUCUUUGAGAUGGUGGACUCGCAGAAGUCGAGCAUCGCCUGCCAGGGCUCGUCGCUGCUGAACAUCGUAGCCACGAUGUUCGGAAGCGACAAGUGCGGUCCUAUUUUCGCAAAGAGGACGCGGCGCUACUCCGGCAGUACUCGAGCGUGUGCUCCGCCGUAUCCUCGUUACGGUCACUGCAAUAGUCACCGACAUUGCGCUAGUGUAGGAAGUGGAAAUAAUAUGAAUGUAGCAGUUUUAAACCGAGUCAACUGUGCCGUGUUGAACUUUUUUUUUUUUUUUUUCGUAGAUAAUGGGUUUAAAAAAUAUGCAGUAUUUAAAAUCUCAACUAUUCAUUUUAAUUACUGUUUACGUACGAAGUUUUUGUUUGUAUUUAAUUUAGUAUCCUACUCUGGUAUGGCGCUUAUGGCGUUGUUUUUUUAAAUCUUUCCACCUGCUACUGUGACGCCACCUUAAUUGGCUCCUUUUCAGCGGACUCUGUUUAAUACGCUGAGAUAGUACUCCUUACUUCUACCCUCCAUGGUUUGCCGCAGUUUUUAAAUUAACGUCAUUAAUAAUACUUAAUAUUUUGAUUGAUGUUUCUCCCCUGAUCCACUUAUGCACUGCGAUUAGAACUAAUUAUAUAUUUUUAAUUAACUCUUUACACUAUUUUUGCAUUUACGUGUAUUUUUUAAACGAAUUCAGAUCUGUGUUGUGUUUGUUACAUUGAAAACAAUUUAUAGUGAUAUUUAAUGAAUAAGUAAUUAAUUCAAAUAAGUAUUAAUGUAACUAGUAUAAAAUAAUGUAAAAUAUCAAGGCUAUUAUAUUAAUGUAAGAAAUAAAUAUAUCAUAAUUGUUUAA